CGCCCUCGCCGCGUCGUCGCGCUGGCCGUCUUUCGCCCUCGCCAUGCGCCCGUCACGCCUCGGGCAUGCCUCCGCCUCUCCAGGGCAUCAAAGUCCUCGACCUCACCCGCGUGCUCGCUGGCCCGACCGCGACCAUGCUGCUUGGAGACCUCGGCGCAGAUGUCAUCAAGGUCGAGGAGGUCUCCCGCGGCGAUGACACCCGCUCAUGGAACCCGCCGUCCGCGCCCAUGGCCGAGACUGCCCCUCCCGAGGCUGCGCACCUCCCUCCCGAGUCCGCUUACUUUCUCGCCGCUAACCGCAACAAGCGUUCCAUGACGGUCAACUUCAAGCACCCCGACGGUCUCGAAAUACUGCACAAGCUCAUCCGUCAGUCAGACGUGUUGGUAGAGAACUACAUCUCCGGGAAGCUUGCCUCCAUGGGUCUCGGAUGGGAGGACUGUCAGAAGAUCAACCCGAGGCUCAUCUACGCGAGCAUCACCGGCUAUGGUCAGACGGGCCCUUAUCGACACGCUGCAGGCUACGACGUGGUCAUCGAAGCAGAGGCUGGACUCAUGCAUAUAACGGGUGAACCUGACGGCCCUCCCUGCAAAGUUGGCGUAGCAGUGACAGACAUAGCUACUGGUCUUUAUGCUCAUGGUGCCAUCAUGGCGGCCCUCCUAUCGAGGCAGCAGACAGGAAAAGGUGUCUGGAUAGAUUGCAACUUGUUUGAAACACAGUUGGCUGGACUGGCCAAUAUUGCAUCUAAUUAUCUUGUUGCAGGUCAACAGGCACAAAGACACGGGACAUCUCAUCCAUCCAUUGUGCCCUACCAAGUAUUUCCCUGUGAAGAUGGUUUUCUGAUGAUUGGUGCGGGAAAUGACAAGCAGUUCAGGAUAAUGGCCAGGGACAUAUUGGAGCAGCCAGAACUAGCUGAUGAUAUCAAGUUCUCUAGUAAUGCAGCUAGAGUGGCUAACAGGGCGGAACUGGUCAAAAUCAUCUCAAACAAGCUUAUGCAGCAUGGCCAACACUUCUGGCUUCAAAAGUUUCAUGGUCUUGGGAUACCAUUUGGACCUGUGAAUGAUAUUCAGCAGUCAUUCAAUCAUUCUCAAACAGUUGCCCGUGACAUGAUUGUUGAGAUUGAACAUCCUCGGGCUGGCAAAGUAAAGCUUGUGGCUCCACCAGUGCAAUACAAUGGAAAAAGAAUGCCUGUUACAAGAUCACCUCCCUGGCUUUCACAGCACACUGUUGAGAUUUUAACACAACUUGGGUAUACCAUGCAUAACAUUCAUACCUUAAAGACAAAAAGAGUGAUUUGA